UAUCACUCUUCAUUCUUCACCAUUUAAGUCUUAUUCUUUCUGAAUUUCGAUUUCUCUAGUCCAAAAGCAUAGCAAUUAAUCUCUCUAUUGCCAGGUGAGAUUUCUUUUUAGGUUUUUACAGUUCCACUUCUUUUUUGUUAUUUUACAUUUUUAUGUCUUUUUCAUGCUGUGAUGUGAAUCAUUUCCUCUGAAAAUGACAAUGGCAUUUAUUAACUGCAUCUACCAAAUUAAUUUUGGAUCUUUCCAAAGAAAUAACACGAUAAAGAAGAUACUAAAAGUAGCUAAAUUUCAUAGUUUAUGAUCCAAAUUCUGAUAAAUUCAUUUCCCACCAGUAAGGAAGAAAGUGUAUUUAUAAUUUUAGCUUUCCUCUCCAAGUUAAGUACUUUCUAACUUCAUCGAUCUUCCUAACUUUUUUGUUUGCUUUUGAUAUGUUAUAGUUUUGUCGUCGAAGUUAAAAGAACAACAAGAAAGAUUGACCUCGGUUUUUGCUUUUUCAUUCGAAUAUUUCUUUAUUUCUGUGCAGAAAUCGCUUAAUUUUAUAUUUGCAUAUUGUUGAAUAUUGAGCUCAAACAUUGAUUCGUAAUACAUCACGAUAAUUUCGGGGAUAGAGAUCAAUGCAAUAAUGGUUAUAACUAAUCGAUCAAAGUUUGUUUAGGUCAAAAUAAGUCGAGUCAAGAUGGGUCAAAUAACAGGUCAUAAUUUAAAUAUGACCCAACAUCACUUCUUUUUAUUUUACUUUUAGAAGAAUAAGGUGAAAGUCAAUGUAUUUUUCUUUGAUUAUUAGCUUAAGUUCUUUCAUUAUUACAUCAUUCUCAAUUUCCAAAUUUGAUUGUAUAUUUAAAUAUGAAUUGCAUUUUGAUCAUCUUGACCCAAUAAUAACUCCUCGUGUCAAGUCAACUAAGGCGUUAUUACUUAUUACCCAACCCAUUUAAACACGGAUGAAUUUGGUGACAAAUUAAGAAAAUUGUUAAUUUUGUUUUGAUUUAUUUUAUGGAAGGUGACAGAGCUAUUAACUCUUUAAGGCAGUUGGUUUAUAGUUUACACUAUUGCGAAAGAUACCAAUUAGCUGUAGUUUUCAACAAUUGACAUGGACGUUGUUGAGACUUGUGAAGAAGAAACGCUUUGUUCUGGAACGCCUUCAACCAAACAUAGUUUUCCAUCAAUUGAGGAGGAAGUUGUGGGGUUUGAGAAAGAUGCAGAAAGUAUAAUAAAGAAAAUGAUUCAAGGAACAAAGGAGCUAGAUGUUAUCUCAAUCUAUGGAAUGCCAGGUCACGGAAAAACAACUUUGGCCAGGAAAGUGUACAACAAUCCUUCUAUUGUUAAUUACUUUGAUGUUAAAGCUUGGUGUUCUGUUUCGCAAGCAUAUAAUAGGAUAAAGUUGUUGGGUGAGAUUUUCAAUCAAGUAACAGGUUAUAAGAGCGAAAUUGAUGAUGAUGUUGACAUAGCUGACAAGUUGCAGAAGACUCUAAAAGGCAGGAGAUACCUCAUUGUCUUAGAUGAUAUAUGGAAAGUCGAGGCGUGGGAAGACCUGGGAUUAUGUUUCCCUAAAGGUGAAGAUGGAAGUAGAGUAAUGGUAACAACUCGAAUUGAAGAAGUGGCUAAGCAUCUCCAGCACUGCAGUGAUCCUUAUUCUCUUAGAUUUCUAACAUUGGAAGAGAGUUGGGAAUUAUUACAGAAGAAAGUAUUUCAAGGCGAGAGUUGUCCCCCGAAUCUACAGGGACCAGGGUUAAAAGUUGCCCAACACUGCAAAGGUUUGCCGCUUGUAAUUGUCCUGAUUGCUGGAAUUAUUGGAAAAAUGGAAAGGCAGGAGUCUUUGUGGCUUGAGGUUGCAAAUGACUUAAGUUCUCAUGCUUUAGGUGAGCAGAGUAUGAAUGUAAUACAAUCAAGUUACGACCAUUUAGAAGACCACUUAAAGCCUUGCCUUCUUUACAUGGGAUUGUUUCCAGAAGACUUUAAGAUUCCAGUAUAUGAUUUGCAGAAGUUGUGGAUGGCAGAAGAGUUUGUACUCAAUGUCGGGACAGAAAAUAUGGAGGAAGCAGCUAGAGUUUGCUUAAAUGAUCUACUUAAUAGAAGUCUAGUUAUGGUCUCUGAAAAGAGAAUUGAUGGUGACGUUGAAUGCUGCACACUUCAUGAUGUAGUGCGUGAGUUUUGCUGUAGAAAACUAGCGAAGGAAAAUUUUAUGCAGCUCACAGUGCCAUAUAAUCCAUAUCUUCAUUAUUCCAAGAAAUCGCGGUUAUGCAUUUAUAUUCAUGAUGAUCUGGUUGAAGACUUAAUUCAUUCUGAAUAUUGGCCGCAUAAGCCUAUGGAGUUCAUUGCUCAUCCAAAAUGCAACACACGGGAUCCAUCAGUUACUUUACCUUUACUUGCUAAAUUAAGAUUUGUCCAGGCCUUUCAUUCGUUGGACGUUAAGUUGCCAAGUUCUUGGGUUAUGGCAGUGCAAUCGCUAACUCACUUGAGGUACCUUGCAAUUUCUGUCGAAGAAUUUGAUUUCAAGUGGGUAUCUCACCUACGCGAUCUUCAAACUCUAAAUGUUGUCUCAAGAAAAUAUGUACGAUCAUCGCCCUCAAUUAUCUGGGAAAUGACGAAGCUAAGGCAUUUGUAUAUUUUCUGUUUUUCCUUUAUAUGGGAAGAUGAUGACCGAGCAAUUUUUGAAGAAUCUUCAGCAACAAUGCUAGAAAACUGGAGGACAUUUCGCUCUUGCAGUAUAUACGAUACGGAUCCAAAGUUCUGGUGGAGAUUUCCGAAUCUUGAAGAACUCAAUCUCUACAUUCAAGAAGAACCUAGUCGUCCAUUGUUUCCCGUACCGGAAGUUCAUACUCGACUUCAUUCUCUUGAACUAUAUAUCAAUUACAACCGUGGAUACUGGAAAUUAGUUGAAACAGCUAGCAAGUUUGUCUUCCCUUCAAAUAUUAGGUACUUGCAUAUUCAAAUCGAAUUGCCAAUCAAAGGGUUAUAUCAAAAUAUUGCAAGAUUGCGGAAUCUGGAGAAUCUCAAAUUAGAAAUACGAGACACUUUUGGGGAAGAUUGUUGGGACGUCAGUGAUGUCGAGUUCCAAGCACUCAAAUACUUGAAAUUAUUAAACUUCAUGGAUAUUAGAGAAUGGAAAGCUUCAGAGGAAUCCUUUCCUGUGCUUGAGAAGCUAUUUAUAAAGCAUUGUAUCUACCUGGAGGAGAUCCCUUCGUGCUUUGAGGAAAUUCCAACACUGCAACUUAUUGAUGUGGAACAAUGCAGGGACUCUGUUGGGGAUUCAGCUAUAAAUAUCAAAAGAGAAAUAGAAGAAACCACUGGAUCUGACACUCUCCAAGUUCAAAUUCGACGUCCAACGCGCUAAGUCAAAAUAUUAAAAUUUCCCAAAUUAAGACUUAUGAGAUGCAUUUGUUCAAAGGCUUCUUGUUGCAGACUGAUUGCGGAUAACAAAUCAGGCCAAGUUGAAGUUUCUGCAAUGCAAAUCAGUGUAGAAGAUAUGUUAGGAACUUAAUGUCACAUUAUUCUCCUACUUCAAAUGUUAAAUUUUGGUUAGUUCUGUUAAAAUCAUAUAGAAUCUGUGAACUAGUUUUUGA